AUGGUCAGCGGCGGGGCGGAAGAUGGGGGGGGGGGGCAGAAAAAGGACCCUCUUCGCCUCCUUGGAUACCUGAAGGCCAACAAGAGGGUGGCGUACGUGCUGGUGGUGAUGGUGCUAGUGCACCUCUCGAACCAGUACGAUAGGUACCUCUUCUCGGUGUCGAAGAUACCCUUCGUGGACUACGACAGCCUCGAUUUCGCUCUCAUCGCCGGCCCCUUCUUCACGGCGUUCAACUCCCUCGCCGGGGUGGUGCUCAGCUUUUCUGGCGGCGUCCGCCCUGUCCGGCUCCUAAGCACAGCAUGCCUCAUCUGGAGCGCCUCUACCGGAGCUGUGGCCUUCACGCACAAGUUCUGGCAGGUGGCGCUCGCGAGGAUUGGGCAGGGUAUCGGAGACGCUGCCUGCAGCCCCUUCGCCGUGAGCAUCCUCAGAGACAACUUUGGUCCGGAGGUCAUCGGUUCCGCGAUAGGUGUGUACUACGUGGGUCUGUACGCGGGGUUCAGCCUGGCGCUAGGCGGCGGCACUCUCGUGGACGACCUGGUCGGGUGGAAGUGGUCAUAUCUGCUGGCAGCGUUGGCGGGGGCCGUGGUGGCCGCGUUGACCUUCCUCACGGUGCCGGAGCCGCCGCCGCCCGGCCAGGCGGUGCUGAUGCCGCCGCCGCAGCAGCAGCAGCAGCAGCGAGGAUGGGGCGGCGCGGACGCGCCUCCGGGUGCGGCCGCGGUGGCGGAGGGUUCGGCGUCGACGAUAACAAGGAGGAGCGGGGGCGGCGGCAGCCGGCCGGCGGUCUCGUCUCCGGUGUAUUCCAUGGUCGGCAGGGAAGGCCGGGGGAGGGACUCUCUCUCUGCUUCCGCGAGAGGAGAAGGGUACGGGUCGGAUCGCCCCGCGGUCGGUAGCGGCGGUAGCAGCAGCAGAAGCAGCAGCAGCCACGAGAGGGAAGAGAAAGCGGGAACGGAGCCGCCGUGGUUGGCGACGGCGGCGGCGAGCAAGGCGCGCUCUUCACCGUCGUCGUCGCCUCCUCCGCCGCCGGUGGCGACGCCGCCUUCCACCGACCCGCGCUUGUUGUACAACCCCCCCCAGACACAACGCCGGCCCCCGCCGCCGGGGGGCGCGGAGGAAGGGUUUGGGCUUCAGCGCGGCUCCUCUCCGUCGUCGUCGUUGACGGCAUCACCACCGCCGCCGCCGCCGCCGCCGCCGCCACAACUGCAGCCGCGCCGGAGCUCGGCGUACUCGAGGCUCCUCCAUCGAUCUCAAGGCAAGCUGUCGGACCUCUCGGCCGCCUGGCUGGACUCCCCGUCGCUUCUGCUCGUCUGCGUGGCCGGCGGAGUGCGCGACGCCGGAGGCUUCGUGUUCGGGUACUACCUGGCGAGCUACUUCAGCCCGCUCCUGGACGGAAACCCGAGCCUGACGCAGCACGGUGACGACCCCUGCUCGGCGUCGUACGACGUCGGGUACGCCGGCGACCAGAUCUGCGACGAAGCUUACCCGUGGUGCGUGGAAGGCUCCUGCUUCAGGCUGACAAGCUCUCCCUGGCACGACGUCGGCAUGCCGGCGCACCAUCUGGAGUGUUUCAUUUCGUGGGUGCCGGUCGUCGGCGGCUCCCUCGGGGCCAUGAUUGGUGGCUUCUUGUCCGACCGGGUCGCCCAGCGGCUAGGAACGGCGGGGCGUCUGUGGGUAGUGAUCGUUUCCAAUGCUCUGGCGUCGCCCUUCGCCGUCGGCGUCCUCCUGGCCCCAUACCCGUGGUGCUUUGUGUGCCUCCUGGGGGUGGAGCUCUUGGGAGAGAUGUGGAUCGGCGUCGUCCUCGCCGUGGUGAUAGCCCUCGUCCCGCGGCAGGUUCGCAUCACCAGCGUGGCCAUGUACAACUUCAUCAUCACCAACAUCAGCGGCCUCUCCACGACCCUGGUGCCGCUCAUCCGCGGGCGGUACGACUCCGAGCACACGUUCAGCUUCCUCGUCGAGCCGCUCGCGGGAGCCGCCGCCGCGGCCGCAGCAGCUGCAGCAGCCGCAUCAUCCUCUUGGUCCGCGCAGAGCGGUGGUGGCGAUGGCGAUUCGGGCCGCAUGCUGCUGUCUUCGCCGUCCGGUCUUGCCGAAGCGGUGGCGGCGGCGGCGGCGGCGGUGGCGGCUGAAGGGCCGGUUGAGGUCAGCGUGUCGGAGGCGGGGUCGCACGGGCUGCAGGCGGCGCUGCUGUGGAUGUACCCGGGGAUGUACCUGGCGUCGUCAUUUUUUUGUCUAGCGGCGGUGCUGGCCCUCGGCCGAGAUGAAAAGGACGAGGCUGCCGCAGCCGCAGCAGUCGCAGCAGCAGCUACCGUCGCAGCAACUCCAGACGAGCCAGGGCACCUUACAGGGUCGUUGAGUGCGGAGGGCUACGAGCGGUUGCCCCCGGCGGCCAAGCGUUGGGAAGACUACGGGUUGCCGGAAGGGCGAAGUGGUAGUGCCGCCGGUGGUGUUGGUCAGGGUGUCCGUGGUCGGUUUGACGGCGGCGGCAAUAGGGGCGGCGGUGGCGGUAGAGGUGUUUGCGGUGUGGCCCAGGAGGGGGGGCGGGGUGUGUGUGGGGGGGGUGAGGCAAUGGAUGUACCGCUCUUGCGGGGGGCACGGGAAGCCGCGGGUGCCGGGAGGUUGCUUUCGUCCGCAGAGGUUUGACUCGAGUAUCUAACGGUUAAGUCUUUGGUGGCGCCUAGCCGUCAUGAGUUUGCAACACGGCCAUUUUUUUCGGGUCGGAAAGGGCUUCAGGGACCUGGGUAUCAGUUGUGGCAAGUGUUUUUUUCAAACACGUGCCUUCAAACAUUUCAGGGCGUCUUCGAACCCUAUUCCUUUCUUUGUGAACAUUUGUAAAAGAGCUCGUUCCCCGCCCCCCGGGUAAUCUCAACGGGAUCGACCUGUGUUAUUUGGUGGUGGUUGCUGGUAUAAAGGGGGUAAUAGUAUAUUGAGGCGGAUUCUCGUGGGUAUUGAUUGCUGAUGUGUGAAAUAAGCGAUAAAGUCGCACGCGGGCGGUUCCGUGGCAUGUGGUUGGUGGUCGUAUUGCUUUGUUGCGCCGUGCUCCGUGCUCCCGGUAUGAAAGCGUGUCCGGGACAUAAAAAGUGUGCUGUUGGCUUCGUCGCCAGACCCCGUGGCUGCUGGUUAACUCGAGCAGCCGGAGAGUGAUGAGCGGGGCCAACUGUGUGCCUUGCUGUGCUGAGACGAUGUUGAUUUUGACCCUUACAGAAUAGGUGGGCCCUUCUUUCGGCGGCUCCCUUCUUCAUUAUUGAGCGGCGAUAUUCCCACGGAGUUGAAUUUUGAUGGUGGGAAGACAACACUGUUCCUGCUUUAUUUUCACAGAAACGGUGCGCUCUUUCGGCCGCCCCCUCUUGUCAUGAUCGAGCGGCGACAGUCCUCUCGUUUGAUUGACAAGCCUCGGGGGCACGGGUGUGUGUAGUGCCGUUUAUUCAAUGUUGGGUGAGGAGAGCGAGAGACAAAAUAGAGAUACGGAGUGCGAGGGAAACUGGACUUGCGGGGGGGUAGGG